AUGGCUUCCAAAGAUCAAAACAAGAACCCUAGUGAAUUAACUGAUUCUAACGAUACUGAGCUUACUAAAAAUAGACAUAUACCCAAACAUAACCUAAAGCCUGUGGACGUUCAAAGGCAACAAUUAGAAAAGUUAUUGCAAAGAGCCGACAAACCAGUAACUAUACCGGAGAUCGAUAAACCAAAAUUAAAAGCUCCAAAAGAUAUUGUUAGAAAUGUUCAAGGUUCUAGUGCGGGUGCAGGAAGUGGUGAGUUCCAUGUUUACCGAGCUCAUCGCCGAAGAGAAUAUACAAGAUUAAAAAUCAUGGAAGAAGAAGCUAGAAAGGAAGAAGAAAAACGCGAAUUCGAAGACAAGAUGAAAGCAAUUAAAGCAAAAGAAGACGAAAAGACCGCCAAAAGGCGAACAAAAAGGCAAAAGAAAAAACAAAAAAAGAAACAAUCCGGCGAUAAAAAACAAAAAACUAUAGAGAAUAGUGAUGAUGGAAAUGAUGAAUGCAUUGAAUCAGAUGAACAAGUAACUGAAAAAAAUGACACCUUGCAGUGUAGCGACAAAUAA